AUGUCAGUUAUUAAUGAUAGCACAGCUGAGGUUUCUCUUAUAUAUCAACAAAUAUACCUGGUGGCACUAACAGAGGGAACAAUUUUAAAACUUGUAUUUAUAAUAAUAAUGUCUCUGUUCUUUAUCUAUGUGAAUGCUGUCAUGGUCUACACUCUCUGGAGCAAACCUGUUUUCAAAGAGACUCCACGCUACAUUCUGUUUAACCACAUGAUCCUUAAUGACUCAAUUCAGCUCUUUGUUACAGCUUUGUUGUAUAUUUUUGGUGUAGCCUAUAUCAAGUUAUUUAUGGCUGGAUGUGCUUUUGCAGUUAUUGCUUCAGGUGCAACUUUCCGUAAUACACCUUUAAAUCUGGCUCUGAUGUCACUGGAGCGUUAUGUGGCAAUAUGUUUUCCUCUAAGACAUGCUGAAAUAGCCACUCAGAAAAGAACUUACAUUGCCAUUGGAGUCAUUUGGUUUUUAGGUUUGGUGCAGUAUCUUAUUGACUUGUUUUACGGUACUUUGAUGGAUCCUACUUUUUUAACUAUACAAAAAUUUUGCACAAGAGAGAUGCUCUUUAUAAAACAAUGGCAAGUAGAUCUUGAGAAGGGUGUUAACAUAUUUUUCUUUGUGUCAGUGUCUACAAUAAUCCUUUUCACUUAUGUCAGCAUUUUGAUAACAACCAGGUCUGCAAUUUCCUCCAAAAAAGAUACUGCUACAAAAGCUCACAAAACCGUAUUGCUGCACCUGAUUCAGCUGGGCUUUUGCCUUACCUCUUUUCUCUACAGCAUCAUUGAGCGAGCUGCAGCAAUGGCCAGCAGCAACAGCAGCCUCUUCAUUGAACUGCAAUAUAUAACCUAUUUAUUAAUGCUGAUUUUGCCACGUUGUUUAAGCCCACUCAUUUAUGGACUGAGAGACAAUGCUGUACGGCCCUUAUUCAUCUACUACUUUCGCUGUACCCCAUGCAAAUGUAGGUCUACAGUCAGUGUUCAUUGA